AACGUCAAGUGUCGACGUCGACGGCCAAGGACGAAACCCGACGGUUACCUAUCUAAACCUCGCCCACUCUCUGCGUCCGCGUGUGUGUUUUUUAUUCAUUUAAUACACGUGUGUGUCUGUCUUUUAAAUUGAAUAGCAACGAAAACUUAACAAGAACAUGGCAAGCAAACUUUUGACUGCUCUGUCGCUUUUGGCUCUGACCGGCUGCUGCUUGGGCGGCUUUGCAGCCACCUACUCGGGCUUCCAACCUGCGUAUGCCACCUACCAGGCAGCACCUACCUUUUACCAUGCUGCGCCUGCUGCUUUCUACCAGCAGGCGACGGCUCCUGUGCUGGCCAAGACUGUGCUGCCCGUUGCGCCGGCUUACACCAAGUCCUAUGCUGUGAAGGCCGUUGCUCCCGUUGUGAGAGCCUAUGCUGCGGCUCCUGCGGCUGUGGCUGCUGUUGCACCCGUUGUGAAAACUGUUCCUGUUGCUGCACCUCUCGCUCCGGUUGUCAAGCAAGUGGAACUGGAGUCUGCUCCCCGCUACGAUUUUUCGUAUGGUGUGCAUGAUUCCAUCACCGGCGACAUUAAAAGCCAAACGGAGAGCAGAGACGGCGGCAAUGUGGUUGGCUCCUACAGCGUCCUUGAUGCCGAUGGCUACAAGCGUACGGUAACCUACACGGCCGAUGACAUCAAUGGCUUCAAUGCGGUGGUGCAGCGUGAGCCUGUGGUGGCUGCCCGUACUGCCGUUGUGACACCUGUUGCCCCAGUUCCCGUUGUGUCCUCGGCUGCUGUUGCUACUCUGCCCGCACCCAUAUACUAUCCACAAGCCCAACAGCAGCUGUUCCAGCCACAGCAGCAGCUGUUCCAGCCACAGCAGCAGCUGUUCCAGCCACAACAGCAGCUGUUCCAACCACAACAGCAGGGUGGUGCCGAGCAGGAAAGCGAAGUUGUGGAAGCACCACGCCAGCCCGAUCAGGAGCCAGCACCCGUUGACUACUCAGAUGCCCAACAGCAGCAGCAGGUUUAUCCACAGGAUCAACAGUUCCCACCCUACCCAACCGCUUCACCAGCCCCAGCCGCCACAUCCGAUGAUUCGGAUUCCGAUGUGGUGGAGGCGCGCUCCGCCCAGGAGUCCAGCAGCACCACCGCUGCCCCAGCUGCCGUUAACGAAGAGAACAAGGAGCAAGACAAAAAGUCCGCUUAGAUUGUGAUCCAUAUAUUUUGUUGAGAUUAAAACCGUGUAUUCAUACCUAG